UUACCAUACGAGCCGCAUGCUCUUGUUUUGGUGUGAAUCGUACCAGAGGAAUCCGUGAUCAUUGAUUUAUUACGAUUGUGAUCAUUUUUUGCAGUGGCAAGUCAGUGUUCUCAUUAUAGUACAGGUCUGCAAAACAAUACCAUGGCCAAAACCAAUAAAGAGAAACAGAACUCCGCUGGUCAUGAAUCAGCCAAGUCGCCCAGCACAAAACAGACGGUCGGUAGCGGGCAACCGUCACAGAUCUGGAACGAUGAACGAUUUGUUCACUUGGUCAACGAUCCUCGAUUCAAGGGGAUCCCACGGGAGGAGAAGAAGGUUAAAAUCGACAAACGCUUCCAGUCUAUGUUCGAUGAUGAACGCUUCAACGUGAAGCAUACGGUGGAUAAGUAUGGUCGAAAAGUGAAGCAGAACGCAAGUGACGAACUGCGAAAAUAUUACGAGCUGGGAUCAUCCGGAAGUGAGGAUGAAGGGGAAGUUUCCGAAUCCUUAGUCAAGAAGCGGAAGUCUGUAAAGUUGAGCGCCAGUUUGAUUUCAAAGGAAAAUGCUAGUAGUGAAUCGGAGGAAGGGCCAAGCGGUUCCGAUUCAGAUGCUCCCGAGCUGGACGAAGAAGAAAAGGCUAUGGCCAUGACGGACAAGGUAAAAUCCCGAUUGGAAGAUUUGGAAAUUGAUUACGCAAGAGGAGAGGGAGCAAUUACCUCAGAUAGUUCUUCGGAUGAUGAUUCUGACGGCGAGGAAAUUGCAGAUGAUGAAGUUUUCAUAGAUCAUGUUUGGGGUGAACUGGACGGAGAUGCUGAGCGUACCGAUGAUUCUACAAAACGAUUAGCGCUUUGUAAUGUAGACUGGGAUAGAAUCCGAGCAGUGGACAUAAUGGUUAUGUUGAGCUCGUUUCUUCCGCGUGGAUCUACUAUUUUAAGUGUUACCAUUUACCCGUCCGAGUUUGGCAAGCAACGCAUGAAGGAAGAAGAAGAACAGGGACCACAGGAAUUAACCGGUGAUAGAAUUGCUGAGUCUGAUGAUUCGGACGAGGAAGAGUUAGAUGAAGAAGAGAGGAAGGAAAAGGAAAUUGAACGCCUGCGUGAGUAUCAAUUGAACCGGCUUAAGUACUACUAUGCAGUUGUUGAGUGUGAUAGUGUCGAAUCGGCGGAUAAGCUGUACAAAGAGUGCGAUGGAGUCGAAUACGAGAGUACUGCCAACAAAAUCGAUCUACGAUUUAUUCCGGACGAAAUGGAAUUUGACGAUGAACCAAAAGAUAGUUGUAGCGAACUUCCGGAAGUUGGCAAAUAUGAGCCGAGGGUUUUCACUACAACAGCUCUAAACCAGGCGAAGGUAGAGUUGACAUGGGAUGAAAAUGAUGUCGAACGAAAGGAGUUCAACGAGAAAGUUCGAAGCGGUAAGUUGAACGAACUAUCCAAUGCCGAUUUGCAGAAGUAUGUCGCCUGCAGCAGCAGUGAAGAUGAAGAUCAAGAUGAAAACCAAUCCGAAGAACAGUCGGAUGAAAAUGAGAAUGAGAAUUCCAAAAAAUCGAAAAAACAAGAUAUGAUUGCCAAAUACAAAGCUCUGUUAGGUGAUAUUAAAGAACAGGACGAAAUUGCGAGGAACGGAAAGGUAGAGAUGGAAUUCACUUGGAAAGUGAAUGGAGAUGUUGAGCAAGUAACCAAUUCCGACGAAGAAUCCGGAUCUGAAUCAGGAAAAAAGAAAUCCGACAACGUAAAUCCAUUUGAAAAAAUAUUGGAGAAGUCGAAAGAGAAAAAGAAACGUCGAAAGGAAUUGAAAAAGAAGAAAAAACGAGGCGAACUGAACAGCGAUGGGGAAGCGAAAGAUGAGAGUUCCGAUGAAGAUCUACCGUACGGUGUAGAUCUAAAUGACCCAUUUUUUGCCAGCGCAUUUGACGAGAAAGAGUUCGACUUGAAGAAACCGAGCAAGAAGGAUAAGAAAAAGAACCACCAACAGGAGGAGCAAAGUGACGAGGAAGUUGUCCGCAAGCGAGCUGAAUUGGAACUGAUUCUGGAUGACGCAGAAGAUGAUAAAAGCCAUUUCAAUCUUAAGCGGAUUCAGGAGAAUGAAAUUGACCUAAAAACCAUUUCGAAAUCCAAGCGAAAACGCAUCCUCAAAAAGACGAAGAAACAAAUCGAAGAACAACGCCAGCAUAGCUUGGCCGCUGAUGAUUUCGAAUUGGAUCUGGAUGAUGAUCGUUUCAAGGCCGUUUAUGAGAAGGCAGAGUACAACAUUGAUCCUACGAAUCCUGCGUUCAAGAAAACAAAGGCGAUGGAAAAACUGAUACAGGAAAAACUGAAGAAGAGGCCGCUGAAGGAUAACGAUGUGCCGGAUUCCGGUGAUUCGAGGGAGUCGAAAAAGGCGAAAAAGGAUGUGAGCACAAGUUUGCUGGUUAAAAGCAUAAAACGAAAGAUUGGGAAAUAAGGGAGGCUUGUUAUGUAAAAGAAUUAAAAUAAAGUUGUA